AAGAUUUAUUAUCAAUUCAAGCACUUCCAUCACCACACACGGCUGAAUAUAUCAAAGAUUCACUUGAUCGAAUUAUCACCAAAUGGGGAUUGAAUGAACGAGUUUUUUGUAUCAUAACAGAUAAUGGUGCUAACAUUAAAAAAGCAAUCCGACUAAUGGACAACAUUACACAAUUAUCUUGUGCAGCACACACACUUCAGUUAAGUGUACUCAAAGAUCUCAAACUUAUAACACAAUUUAUUAAGCGGACAAAAAAUUUGAUUCUUUUUUUUGUACAAAGUCCUAAACAAUCAGAACGACUUAAAGAUGCUCAAGAAAAAUGCCAUUAUUCAAAAAUUCAUCAAAUAAUUACUGAUGUACCAACUCGAUGGAAUUCGUCAUAUUUGGCUUGA